AGGAAGAUAAAAUAAUAGAAAUUAUCAGUCAGAARUCAUGCGCAUGUACACUGAACGAAAAUGGCUUAAAAUUUUGGCCACCAUUGUAUAUGCAAAGAUACAUGGCUAUUCAAGAAAUUAUUGAACAUCCUAUUUGGAAUGGUUCGAUUAAAAAAGUUGUUGACUUUGGUUGUKCCGAGAUGGGUUUAUUUAAAUGUAUAAAACCAAUUCCAGGACUUAACUACAUUAUACUUGUUGAUGUGGAUUUUGAUACACUUGAUAUGAAUCAGUGGAAAGUGUUGCCAACUAAUUAUGAUCAUAUAUCAAUGCAUGAACGUAAAGAGCCUUUGACAGUAGAUAUUUAUAAUGGAAGUAUAGCUGAUCAAGAUGACCGAAUGUUAGGCAUUGAUGCUGUUAUAUGCAUUGAAUUAAUUGAACAUUUAUAUUUGGACGUUCUGGAUUCACUACCCAGUAAUGUGUUUGAAUUCAUUAAACCUAAAUUAGCCGUGUUCACUACACCCAAUGUGGAAUUCAAUAUUCUAUUUCCAAAUUUUAUAACCCAGUUUAGACAUGACGACCACAAAUUUGAAUGGACCAGAAAACAGUUCAAGGAAUGGGCUAAAAAAAUAACCACUCGUUAUCCAGAGUACGCUGUACAAUUUGAUGGUAUUGGAGCUGGUCCUUCUGGUACAGAAAAUAUCGGUUGUUGUACUCAAAUGGCUAUUUUUUACAGGAAGGAUAUGACAACAUCUCCUGUUAAACCUAUUGUAAGAAAUCUGUGUCAUUAAUUUAAAUUUUUUAUU